AUGGUCGCGCUUCCUCUAUUUAAACUAGGAUCCCUCUUCGUGAGGCAUAUCUCCAAGUAUGGUGCAAACUGGAUCAAGAGACAGGCUCAUGAGCACCAGAGAUUCCGGGCGAUAGCAGCUAGAGGUGGACAAGCGAUGCAUCAAUGGAAUAUGAGAAUCCAAGUAAACCUAUUACGGGACAAACAAGCCGAAAAGAGAGCCAGAGAAAAGGCGGAGACUCCAACUGUAAAGACAGAAGAGCAGACCAAGGCGGAAGAGGCUGCGAAAAAGGCACACCAUCACAAUCAAGAAAAUAUUAGCGUUUGGAGACGGAGAUUCAGACCUUUGACGGAAACCAGAGCUGUUGAUCUCUUUGCUGAUGUUAUCGGCGAUACGUUCAUCUUGUCGGUCGCCAUAAGCUUGUUAAUGUACGAGUAUAUCAAAACCCAGUCAAAACCCGAUUCGAACGCGGAAAAAUUGGCAGAGCUACAAAAACUCGAAGAGGAGUUGAACCUGCGGCAGAAAGAAUUGGAGGAGGCACAGAAGAAGCAACAAGAGCGUGUAGAAGUACUUGAACAGGUGUUGGAGGAAAUUCGGAGUGCCAAUGGAAAGAAAAAGUUGACAUGGAAAUCAUGA